AUGGACUCAGGAGACAAGUAUUGGCAUUGGCUGGAUUCCAAGGCCGCUUUGUCAAAUAACCAUCAUCAGAACCACCGCCAUCGUUUUGGCAACAACAACGACGAUGAUCCGGAUUUGGACAUCCUCGACUCCCGGUCGGGAGGAGAAGUUUCUGCUUCCUACGACGAGGAGUACGACCCAAACAAGUCGUACUCGGGGAACUGGAGGAGACACAGCAGCAUGUUUGAGGCUUCCCAAGCACAAUCACGUCAAGGGUACCAGCGCUUGGGAGACGACGUUGAAGGAUCAACCAGGCUCCACCGGCUGUCGUUGCAUUCCGACAGAAAAUCCGUGCUUAGCGAAAGUUCCAAUAUACACACAGUCCAGUCCAUGCGAGAUCGACGGCCAACUCUAUCAAAGAACGACUCGGCUGUGCUCGUUGAAAAAUCUCUACGCGACGAUUACUUGGAAGAUCUCAAAGAAGGGUUGAAAUACGCCUUGGGCACCGAUAGCAAAGGCGCAAACUGGUUCCCCGUUUCCUCGCACAAUGUAUCGAGAGAUGAUUUGGCAGGAGACAAGCAAUCAACAGAGACAGCCGAGUAUACAACAACAAUACCACUUCAAGAUAUGAGCAGUAUAAGGCCCGGCAAUUCCCGAUCCAUCAGCCAAAAUUCCGUCAAUCGUCGAUCGCCGUUUCAUAAUGACAACAGCCUCGACUUUCCAGCACAAGCUAGCACUGAGGCACUUUCGAUAAGCGCAACCUGGCUAGAAGCACCAGGCUUGAAACUACCAUCGCCGCACCCUUCAAACCCACCACCGGUAGCGAGUCCGACACCAACGCGGUUUGCUGACGCAUUGACGAGAAUAUCCAACCGUAUUGCUGGUGCUGGAGACCAUUUGAAAAACGAAAACAACCAGGACUUGGCGCUGGCAAUAUCGGUGCAUUCAGGUCCAUCCCAGACCAGCUUGAUGCUAAAAACACCGGUUGGAGAACACGGCUCGUUUUUUGAUGAUGUAGAGUUUUCCCCAGCCAAGAAAAGUGCUGCCCUGCCUAGACGUUCACCUAUACCUACUACCACCAAACCGAAACCAAUACCAGAUGUCACCCUCACCACGGCAGAGGCAGACUCAAUUUACACCAGCGAAUCAACAAGUAAAGGUUUGGGCAUCUGGAGGAUGAAAUCUAAAGAAGCCGAGCAGGACCAUAACUUGCCAGGCAGCGAAACAAUCUCGAACCAUACAUUGCGCACCAAGGAUACCGAACCUACCGAUCCUAAUGAACCUAAUGAACCUAACGAAUCUGCAACGACCCUGAAAUCAUUUGCUGCUGCGAAAAUGCCAAGACCAAGAAUGCGCCAGUUGUAUGGAAAGUCAUUAAAGUUGUUUUCGCCCAAUUCACGUGUGCGGAAAAUCUGCCAUCUAGUAUUGAAAAACAACUUGACAAAUACAUUCAUGUUGGCAAUUUUAAUACUACAAGUGAUCUUGUUGAGCUACCGGCAAUGGGAUCCACAUGCCUUGGCAGGCUAUUUUUACUCGGGAAACAACUGGGCAGAUAUACUAUUAAUUCUCAUCAAUGUCAUAUACACAAUUGAGAUUUUUGCUCAGAUUAUUGCCUAUGGGUUGUUAGAUGACAGCGUUAUGUUCAAGGAGCUUAAUCUCCUGUACCCCAAGAAUGAAUUUGGCCGUCUUGACUUUGGUGCCGACUACCUCAAAAAGCUCUUUAGGUUACUUAAAACAAAUCGCAACAAGCGGAAUAUCAAACGUCGGCACGAUUGGAACACCAAGGUUGUGGAGUCGGAAGACCUGAAUGGCUCUAGCGACGAGCAAUUUGACAUGACCGAUGCCACCAGGGAAAGCGACGUGGACCUUAGCUCGCAGCAACUUCUUGGCUCAAAGACAGACUUGAAAAGCAAAUACAACUUGGACCUGUUUCAUAACACGACUUUUAGCCUGUCCCCGGUGCGCAAACGCGAUUUUUCAAGCAAUUUCCAUUUGCGGUCCACCAACACCUUCUUCAUGUCUGACUCAGCUAAUGGGUCCGUUGACGAAACUCAACUAAAGCGUGCGUUUCUCAGAAGCAGUUGGCACCGCUUAGAUUUCUUGUCCAUGGUGUUCUUUUGGGUGUCACUCUUAUUGUCCAUCAACAGGUAUGAUGCCAAGCACCACAUUAUGCUUUUCCGCUCGCUAGGCUGCUUGAGAAUCUUGAGAUUAUGUAAUCUCACGGCAGGUACCACCACGAUUCUAGCAGCAUGCAAAGCAGCUAUCCCGCAGCUCAUUGACGUUUCCAUUUUCAUUGCCUGCUUUUGGCUAUUCUUUGGCAUCAUUGGCGUGCAAUCGUUUAAAUCGUCGCUCACCAGACAUUGCGAGUGGACCAAUCCGGAUGACGCGUCCGAGACGUUUAUCAAUGAGGACCUGUAUUGUGGAUCUUUUAUUGGCUUGAAUGGGAACAAGAUGUCCUACAUCACUCGCGAAGGCCAUUCUUCAGGGGUCAUCAAGGGGUUCCGCUGUCCCAAGUACUCGCGAUGUGUUACUGGCGAUAAUCCCUACAACGGCACGGUGAGCUUCGAUAACAUCUUGCAGUCUUUGCAAAUGGUGUUUGUAGUGAUGAGCGCCAACACGUUUACGGACAUUAUGUACAUGACCAUGGAUUCCGACAACAUGGCUGCAUGUUUGUUUUUCAUUGCCUGUAUCUUUGUCAUGACGGUGUGGUUGUUGAAUGUGUUUAUCGCCGUGAUUGUGGCCUCUUUCAAUAUGAGGCGGUUGGAAGCAGCCGAAGACAAAGCUCGAAGGAGCAAUGAAAAGUUUAUGAGCAAGUUUCUUGGGUUCCCUGCCAACGACCAGAUCUUUCAAGAAAAAUUGGAAGAAUUGAAGCGAGCCAACAAGUGGCUAAGAUACUACUACAAAGCCGAAUUUGUAUUCAUCAUUGCCGUUGCAGCCAAUUUGUUUGCCCAAUGUUUCCGAUCGAGUCGAAUGUCCACUAGCCGUGGCCAAAUUCUUGACCGGUUUGAAAUUGCCUUUGCUGCGGUAUUUGCAAUCGAGAUUGUCGUUCGGUUCAUUUUGUAUCUCCCCCGGUGGAGACUUUUUUUUUACCCCAAACGCAACAGUUUUGAUUUGCUUUUAGGGGUAAUGUGCAUCGUGAUUGUAAUUCCUCCCAUCAAGGAAAAACUUGGUCACGCAUACUACUGGUUGACCAUGUUCCAACUAAUGCGGUUCUAUAGGGUUGUCUUGGCCACACCUUUCACGAGCAAGUUGUGGUUAAAGAUGAUGGGAAACUUCCGAGCCCUAUUUGACUUGGCAUUGUUUUACUUUAUUUUGUUGUAUUUGGUCAGUAUCAUUUUGGCCAGGUAUUUUGAAGGGGCUAUACCGUUUGAAGAGAUUGAUGAUGUUGAUUUCCCCAUGGAUACAUUGCCAGCCGCUUUCAUUGCACUUUAUGUCAUCACUUCGACUGAGAAUUGGACCGAUGUGAUGUACUCGUUGCAACAGUACGCCACAACCACUUCUUCAAGAUGUUUUGGUUCGAUAUUCUUGGUUGCGUGGUUCAUGUUAUCGAAUAUGAUCAUCUUGAACAUUUUCAUUGCUGUUAUUGCCAAAACUUUGGAGGUCUCGGAGGAGAUUAAACGCAAGCAUCAGCUCAUACAGUUUAUCGAUAUAAUGACCAACAGGCUCCAGCAUAUAGAUCUGGAAUCAGGAUUAUUGAUGAAAAUAAAAACCAAGCUCUUUAGAAGAAAAAGAGACGAAAAGGAUGAGCUCGAAAAGGCUGUGGUGAAUUUGCUUUUGAGCGGCACAGCAGUGCAAGAAUUUUUGGACAAGGAUCUUCAAAAUGAAAUUGACAACGACGACGAUUUAGACUCACUUAAUGUCAUCAAAAUGAUGCCGUCGCAGAAAUGGAAGCGAUGGUUUCAAGUCAACUUUGCCCGAGCUUUUAAUUUUCUCACCAACCCUUUCCACGUUGAAGUGUCCAGAAGACACAACAAUUUUGUCGUUGAAAACUUUGAACCGGCCAACUUUGCCACCACGAUCAUGAAGGAGAGGAAGGUCUUGAUCAAUAAGCGUAACGAGUUUUUGGAGGCCAAUCCCAGAUACAACUAUGUCUUUUACAUCAUGAGUCCGCGCCAUAAACUUCGAAGACUAUGCCAGCGAAUGGUCAAACCCAGUUAUGGAGAGAGGAUCCAGGGAGUUGAGCCGUUUAGGCCCAUUAGUGAAACAAUUGUCGUGAUUAUGUUUCUCGCUACUAUUGGACUAGUGAUUCUCGCGUGCUACAUGACGCCGAUCUACAGAAUGAAUGUCAAGUCAAAUUGGAUCUUUUGGUCAGAGUACUCGUUUGCUUUAGUGUUUACUGUCGAGUUUCUCAUCAAGGUACUUGCAGAUGGACUCAUCUUUACACCAAACGCCUACUGUCGCUCGUCAUGGAAUCUCAUUGAUUUUGUGGUGUUGGUAUCCCUUUGGAUCGAAGCAAUCGCGUAUCUCAAGAAUGACGGCAACCUCUCCAGAAUUGUCCGAGGUUUGAAAGCAUUGAGAGCCUUAAGAUUAUUGACCAUCAGUGAGACGGCAAAGUCGAAUUUCCACAACACCAUGAUUGCAGGAUUUGGGAAAAUCUUGAACGCGGCGCUCAUAUCGCUUUGCUUGCUUUUCCCGUUUUCGAUUUGGGGGUUAAACAUUUUCAAUGGCCGGCUCGGUUACUGCUUGGACGGGAACUCAGAGCGGGCGGAAUGCUUCAACGAAUAUACAAAUGAAGUUUUCAACUGGGAGAUUGUUAGCCCCAAUAUCUACACGAAUCCUCAACUAGAGUUUAACAGAUUUGGCUCAGCAUUUGCCACCUUGUUUGAGAUUGUUUCCCUAGAAGGAUGGACCGAUUUAUUAAAGAACUUGAUGAACAGUACCGGUGUGGGAACUGUCCCUGAAACAAAUGCCACUCCACUCAACGGCGUGUUUAUUGUCUUUUUCAACUUUUUGAGCAUUGUUUUCAUCUUGACGUUGUUUGUUUCGGUCAUCAUCAGCAAUUAUUCACGCACCACAGGCAGAGCAUACAUGACAGCGGAUCAAAUUUCGUGGUACCAAGUCAAGAAAAUCUUGGUGCAAGUGAAACCUUCGAAAAGAAAAGACUUUGAGAGCUUAUCCCCAUUCCGCAGAUUCUGCUACAGGAUGACAGUGGAAAGGAAUAAAAUAUGGACGAGGACUUUGAAUUGCUUUUUGUUUUUACACACUUUGGCGUUGUUGUUGGAGUGUUUUCCUUCGUCUGAUGGAUUAAACACAUUUCGGAUGAUUGUUUACACAGUUGCCACUGCCUUGUUUUUUGCCAACGCGGUGAUGUUGGCGAUAGCACAGGGCUUCAAGACUUUUAUUCAUUACAAGUGGAACAUUUUCAAUUUGGUUGCCUCGUUUGGUGCCUUUGUAACAACAACCAUUGCCUACAAUAUCGAGCAAUCUUCGCCGUUUAUGAACUUCAACAAGUUGUUUUUGGUGGUGCUACUUUUAUUUGUCAUUCCAAGAAGCAACAGGUUGAGCCAGCUUCUUAGGUUUGCCUCGGCAUCGUUACCUUCGAUUUUGUCCUUGUCGUUUACAUGGAUCAUUGUCUUUUUAGUAUUUGCCAUUGCCAUGAACCAAAUCUUUGGCUUGACCAAGAUUGGGCCAAAUGGAACAGGAAAUUUGAAUUUGCGAUCAGUUCCAAAGACAUUGAUUGUGUUGUUCAGAUGUAGUUUUGGAGAAGGGUGGAACUAUAUCAUGGAAGAUUACACCUUGGCAGCACCGUUUUGCACGAAUGGGGAGAAUUUGGAUCACAAUGAUUGUGGAAGUAAACAGUAUGCCUACAUAUUGUUCAUUUCCUGGAAUAUCAUAUCGAUGUACAUUUUCUUAAACAUGUUCAUUUCAUUGAUCUUGGACAGUUUUGAUUACGUCAAUCAAAAGUCUAAAUACAGCGACUUGAUCCAACGUGAGGAGAUUAGGAAAUUCAAACGAACCUGGCAGAAAUUCGACCCUCGAGGCACUGGCUAUAUCAAGCCGAUUGAUUUGCCAAAGUUGCUACACUCUUUGCAAGGUGCAUUGUCAUUUCGUUUUUACACGGGCCAGUUGGAGAUCAAGGAGUUGUGCAAGAGAUGGAUCCGGCGCAAUAAUCCUCACGAUCCAUACGACGUGACCGUGGACUUUGACCAGAUUGAGCAAACCGUUAGUCAAAUGGAUAUCGACAAGGUCCGAGCCAGACGGAGAGCUUAUGAAAUGUUUAUCGAGGAGGCGUUGUUGACCAUGGAAUUAAAUGACGAUAGCGGUAUUUCAUUCACGAGAAUCUUGUUGCAGCUACCAUUGUACACAACAUUUGACACUGGUACAUGUUUCAACUUGAUAGACUAUUUGGAGAGAAGACUAUUGGUGAGCAAAGUAAUGAAGAGACUUUACACAAAACGAGUCUACGAGACCAUCGCUGCUUAUGCUUGCAGAUGGAAAUACCAAAAGAACAGAAGACACGGGAUCAGAGAUGCCGACAUUGCAUUUGACAAGCAGUUGAAUAGGCGGAGCUACUUGGCCAAUGCAAAUCUAUGGGUAAACACCGAUCGUGCACCUACAAUCUUUGUCAGCGACGAGCCCGAAAAGUCAAAGGACGAGAAAGUGAAUCAAAAGAAGCCAAGCCUGGAUCCAAAGUUUAAAUCCUCGCACUUUGAAGUGUCACAGCAGGAAAGAAGCGACGAUAUGCAAGACGAAGAUUUUGAAGAUUCUGCGUUUGAGCAGACUCAGAGGAACUCAUUCAUCUAUGGCGAUCAAAGCAUGUCAAGUGGAGUCUACUAUCCAAGUUCCCCAAUACAGAAAACCACCAAAUAUACCACUUCUCCGCUGAGGUAUCCAAAUUUACACAUCGAGAUCCCACAUAGCGGUAAAGUGUUUGGCCACAGUAUACAAGAAGUUGUCGACGACGAUAUUUCAGUGUCUCCAUUUUUGGAUCCGUCUGAGACGAAGGGAGAGCAUAAGCUGGAUGACGUUAGAUCGGUUGAUGAACUCAUUGGGUCAUCACCGUGGAGAGAUGCAUUGAAUGAAGCCAAACACCAUAAACCAAAGUGA